AUGGAAGUGGAAAGCGUGUUCGUAGGAGCAGGUUGCAACAGAAUAGUCAACAACGUUUCGUGGGGCGCCUGUGAUUUGCUCUCCUUUGGCGCUCAAAACGCCGUCGCCAUUUUCUGCCCCAAGACAGCGCAAAUUCUGACUACACUUCCGGGGCACAAAGCGUCUGUAAACUGCACGCAGUGGUUGCCCAGCAGCAAGUUUGCGUUUAAAGCUACGAAUUUGGAGAGGCAUUAUCUUCUGUCUGGAGAUGCUGAUGGAGCUAUCUUUUUGUGGGAGUUUUCUCUUUCUGCUAAGAAGUGGAGGAAUGUUCUACAAGUACCAGACAAACAUAAGAAAGGUGUUACAUGUAUUUCGGCAAUAAUGUUGUCCCAAACAGAUGCUUUAUUCGCAUCAUCUUCUUCCGAUGGUAUAGUGAGCUUGUGGGAACUAAUCCUACCAUCCACCUCUGGAGGUGAGUGCGAAUUGUCUUGCUUGGACACCUUAUAUGUCAGUAAAAAACCUAUGGUUGCUCUCUCACUUACGGAUUUGCCUGGAAACAGCGGGCACCUAGCUCUAGCCAUGGGCGGGUUGGAUAAUAAAAUUCACAUUUACAGUGGCCAUAGAGCAGGAAAGUUCGUACAUGCCUGUGAAUUGAAAGGGCACACAGAUUGGAUUCGCAGUCUUGAUUUCUCAUUUCCUUUACACGAAAAUGGCGAAAUACCCACUCUUCUUCUUGUGAGUUCAUCUCAAGACAAAGGGAUACGCAUAUGGAAGAUCGCUUUACUUUCUCUAUCUAGUAACCAAAAUACAGAAACCACCUUGUGUUCUUACAUCAAAGGCCCGAUAUUUUCGGCUGGGCUGUCUUCUUACCAAAUAUCUCUAGAGUCCCUUCUCAUUGGUCAUGAAGACUGGGUGUACUCAGUUCAAUGGCAGCCUCCUCAAAGCUUGUCUAUUGAUGGGUCUGAUUUUAUACAUCAGCCUCAGAGCAUUUUAUCUGCGUCCAUGGACAAGACGAUGAUGAUUUGGCAGCCUGAAAAGACAACUGGUAUAUGGAUGAACAUGGUGACUGUUGGCGAGUUAAGCCACUGUGCACUGGGGUUUUAUGGCGGCCAUUGGAGCCCGAGUGGGAGCUCGAUUUUAGCACAUGGGUAUGGAGGGUCUUUUCAUAUGUGGAAAAAUGUGGGCACUGAUUUUGAUGAUUGGAAGCCACAGAAAGUCCCGUCUGGACACUUUGCGGCAGUUUUGGAUAUUUCGUGGGCCAGGGAGGGGGAAUAUUUGCUGUCCGUUAGUCAUGAUCAAACAUCAAGAGUAUUUUCUGCAUGGCGUAAUGAAUCUUCUCCGGAUAAUACAGAGUCCUGGCAUGAAAUUGCAAGGCCUCAAGUUCACGGACAUGACAUUAAUUGUGUGUCUAUAAUAAGGGGAAAGGGGAAUCAUCGAUUUGUGAGCGGGGCCGAGGAGAAAGUCGCAAGAGUGUUUGAAGCUCCUCUUUCCUUUCUGAAGACAUUAAAUCACGCCACUUCACAGAAAUCUGACUUCGGCGAUGACCUACCAGCAAAUGUUCAAAUUCUUGGUGCAAAUAUGUCGGCUCUAGGCCUAUCACAGAAGCCUAUAUACGUUAAAGCAUCAUCCGAGUCUAAAGAAAGAAGUACUAAUGAAGGCGUCGACACCCUUGAAACGAUUCCGGAAGCAGUUCCGGUGGUGUUAACCGAGCCACCUAUUGAGGAGCAACUUGCGUGGCAUACCCUUUGGCCCGAGUCACACAAGCUUUACGGCCAUGGGAAUGAACUAUUUUCUGUGUGUUGUGAUCAUGACGGGAAAUUAGUUGCCUCAUCCUGCAAGGCACAGCUGGCUUCUGUUGCUGAGAUAUGGCUAUGGCAAGUCGGGUCUUGGAAGGCUGUUGGGCGUUUACAUUCACACACUUUAACUGUCACACAGUUGGAGUUCUCUUACGACAACAAAUUUCUUCUGUCCGUCUCUAGGGACCGCCAUUUCUCUAUUUUCUCGAUUAUGUACUCAGAAACAGAUGAAAUCAGCCACCAGCUCGUGAUGAAAAAAGAAGCCCACAAAAGAAUCAUAUGGGCCUGCUCUUGGAACCCGUUUGGUCACGAAUUCGCCACCGGCUCGAGGGACAAAACCGUAAAAAUAUGGCGAUUGGAAAACGGGUCGUCCGUGAAGCUACUCGCAACUCUACCUACGUUCAAAAGCAGUGUAACUGCACUAUCGUGGCUGGGCCUCGACAGGCAAACGAAUCUUGGGCUUCUUGCUGUAGGGAUGGAAAGUGGGCUCAUAGAGCUUUGGAGCCUUUCUAACCCUAUAGAUGAAAAUAUCAGCUCCGUGGUUGUACCUAAUGCUGCACUUGUUGUACGGUUGGACCCAUUUAUGUGCCACGUGUCGUCAGUUCAGCGGCUGAGGUGGAAAAACGAGGCUAAGGUUGGGGAUUGUACGAGCAUGCAGCUUGCGUCCUGUGGGGAUGAUCAUUGUGUGAGGGUAUAUCAAGUUAGUGUUUAG